AUGGCCAUUCACAAUGCCCUCAAGCCCAUCAGAUCAAAAGAUUCUGACAAGCUCAUUGCCUGGCUCAGCACGUCCAACACGCAUCCAGUUGGCGGACCUUCUGGUAACGCCCAAGGAGCAUCAGUCCAAGUCAAGCAGAUUAUGACGCUACAUAGUGCUGUUCCGGGGCUUCCUGAAGUUGUUCAAGCACUUAAUGGAUGUCACAGCUAUCUGCUGCAAAUGCUAGGUGAUAUGCUCAACAAUGAGCGUGUCAAAUCUACCAAUGAUAUGGUUAGCCAGGGGCUAAAUGAUGAUGCACUUUCCGUGGGAGGUGGUGGGAGCUUUGGUACCUCUUUUGGAUCAGUCACCAAGAAGGUCUACGCUGUUUGA